GGCGAUGGUGGCUUUGGCGCUGGCUCUAUGCAAUGCGGACCGCGUGGUGAUGUCGAUGGCGAUCGUGCCGUUGUCUCUGAGCGCACGGGUGAGCAGGUCGUUCUCUGAGUAUUGUUCAGUCAUCAUUCCUUUGGGGAUACCUUGUCUCGCCGAUAGCUGGAGGAACUUUAGUGGACCAUUAUGGUGGUAAGAUAGUCAUGGCAUAUGGUGUGGCUUUAUGGUCACUAGCGACCUUUUUAACACCAUGGGCUGCUGAAACUUCCAUAUGGGCGCUACUUGUUGCGAGAGCCAUGCUUGGAAUUGCUGAAGGCGUGGCUCUUCCUUGCAUGAACAACAUGGUAGCAAGAUGGUUUCCUCAGACAGAACGUGCAAGAGCUGUUGGAAUUGCAAUGGCUGGAUUUCAGCUUGGAAAUGCAGUAGGAUUGAUGCUGUCUCCUAUUCUCAUGUCUCAUGGUGGUAUAUUCGGACCAUUUGUCAUCUUUGGAUUAUCUGGAUUUCUUUGGUUUGUUGUAUGGUUAUCAGCAAUAUCAAGCAGUCCCGAUAGGCAUUCCCAGAUCUCAAAAUUUGAAUUAGAAUACAUAACCAACAAGCACCAGAAAUACUUUGCAGUGGGGAAUAAUAACCAAAAGAGAACCAAAAUGAUCCCACCCUUCAGGUGCUUGCUCUCUAGAAUGCCAACAUGGUCCCUAAUUGUUGCAAAUGCAAUGCACAGCUGGGGCUUUUUUGUUAUUCUUUCAUGGAUGCCUAUUUACUUCAACUCGAUCUAUCAUGUGGACCUAAGAAAAGCAGCAUGGUUUAGUGCUGUUCCAUGGAGUGUGAUGGCAUUUGCUGGAUAUUUUGCUGGUUUGUGGUCAGACAUGCUGAUACGGGGUGGCAUGAGUGUCACUUUGACUCGCAGAUCAUGCAGGUGUUAUAUUGCUCUAUUUGGAGAUCCUCUAAUUUGCCAUGGUAUGAUAGUGUGUUCCCCUUUUGUUUUAGGGAUAUCAAAUACUGCUGGAACACUGGCUGCUAUAGUGGGAACAGUUGGAGCAGGUUUCUUCGUGGAAAUGGUGGGAUCCUUCCAAGGAUUUCUGUUGCUGACAUCUCUCCUUUAUUUCCUUUCUGCUCUAUUCUACAUCAUCUUUUCAACUGGAGAGAGGGUGAAUUUCGAUGAAACUGCAGUUUCAUGAGUUUCAAUUGUUCUUGCGCCUGCUAUUUCGACCGCCUCACAGAAAUAUGCUAGUGAUGUGAGUAAAGCUAAAGCAACAAUAAUAUUUAUAUCAUUUGUGAUUGGGAGUUAACUUCCCAUGAGGUAUUGUACAGAGUCCAAGAAAUUGGAGGAGGCAUAGUGUGGCUGAGAACAUCUUAGUAUAGGGCACUGAAAUAUUGUAUAAAAGGGCAUUUUUGCCUUCCCUGGAUUGUAUAUAUUGCAACUGGAACCUGGAGAAGAAGCAGAUUGGUCCAGAAUUACCCAGAA